UUCGUGUUGAAUGCGCUUGAAACGGUAUCUCCCUGCCACCAACCUAUCCUCCGUUGUGAGGAAACACGCCAUCUUUCCGUAUAGUUUAACGACGAAAUGCUCACAGGGCAACACAUAAAUCUUGCUGAUCCGGAAUAUGCGCCCUCACUAGUUCGACCACCCUCACCAUCGAGUUCGAUUGGCACGGACUAUGGCCCGGACGAAACAACACCAGAAGAAUCCGCGAAGUCUCCAGAGCAGUUCUCAAGAGAAUGUGAAGCCAGAAUCAUGCUGACUGUACCUAGGCCCGAAGAAGAGGAAGCCAACAAAGACAUACUGCUUAAGAGACCAAAGACACAGAUCGAGGAAAGAGAAAUGCAUAGGACAGUUAUGGAGAACCUGCGCAAUGCCGUCAGGAAACUUCAAGAGGAUGAAUUGUAUGAACAGAUCAUGCUUCGCGGAACGCAAGUCACAAACGUUCAACAGCCUUCGUCCAAUAACAUCGACGUGAUUAUGCAGAGCAUAAUGGGUCCUCCGACUACUUCAACUUCACCAGUUUUGUUCCCUCCACCUACCUCACCUUUCCCUCAAAGUCCUAGCUUCGCUGCAAGUCCCGCUCAUAGUCAUGCAAGCUUUUUCGGUACCGGGAACGCAGGCAGCGAUGUAGGCUCUCCUACCAGUAGUACAACAAAGAGAACGACGAGGGCUCGGAAGGCUAAAAGUCGUAGGUAGUCGUCAUAUACCCGACAAUAACAGCAUAUCAUGUAUGUAUGUACGUUAUCAAUAACAAUAUUAUGGAACCAUGUAUUAAUCAAUCCAC